AUUUUCUCCACAUAAAACGCUUUCCUCCCUGUCGUAUACUUCUCGCUUAUUCUCGGCUUACCUUCGCGAUCCUUUUGCUCAUGGCGGCCGCAGGAGUUGUGCUUAACCACAUCGCUAGGUCAUCGACCGACGUGAAGCGUCUCGCUGAUUUCUACCAGGAGGUUUUAGGGUUCGAGCGGAUCGAUUCUCCCAAAUUCGGAGAAUUCGAGGUGAUUUGGCUCCGCCUCCCCCCGUCUUUCUCUCUUCAUCUCAUCGAGAGGGAUCCCAAGUCGAAGCUCGCUGAAGUUCCGUCGACUGUCCUUGACCCAAGCGCCCUUCCCAGGGGCCACCAUAUCUCCUUCGGCGUCUCCAACUAUGAUGCUUUUGUACAAUCUUUGAAGGAGAAGGGGAUCGAAACGUUCGAGAAAACCCAACCGGAUGGGAAGACAAAACAAGUUUUUUUCUUCGACCCGGACGGUAAUGGAUUGGAAGUGGGUAGUUGGUAAGCAGCAAGCCAACUUCUUUAUGAAGGUGCGCCUCACCGCUGAGGUCAGUGAAUAAAUAAUCAACCUUGUAGAUAUAUUAGUAUUUUAUGACUAUCCGUGCUUGCCUUUUUCUCCUACUUGUUUAAGUGCGUUGUAUCAAAAUAUGUCUGGAUAAUGUGUUUCUCUGAAGGUGUAAGCGAACUGCCAUAGCAAUUGUUUGAAUUCACAACUCCAUCAAUCAUUUUAUACUUGUUACUAAAA